AUGUUGUUGGACCAGGGCGUUCAUUUCGAGAACGAGACCACGAAGAUAAAUCAUCCAUUGGUACAGGCUAUCAGAGAAGCUAUUUCAAAAGAUCACAUAUCAAUACUCAAGCUCUUGCUUACAAAGUCUUAUGGUAUCAAUGUGGAGGAUGGGGAGGGUCGAACACCGUUGUUCUGGGCUAUUGAUUCUCGGCAUGAAAAUAUGAUCAAUUUAUUAUUGGAUUGGGGUGCUAAUAUUGAAUUGAAAGACAAAUAUGGUUGCACACCAUUGAUGUAUGCCACCUUUCAAGGACCUUACUUGUCUAAUGUCAAGACAUUGCUAGACCGCGGUGCUGACAUUGAUGCUAAGAAUAUCGAAUGUUCAUCACCACUAUCCAUAAUAAAGAAAUAUCCUGCUUUUCUUCAUUUGUUGAAGAAAAAUCUUCUCGGGUUGAAGCUUGAUAGCUGA